AUGGAGUGGGAGAUUAAUGAUCUGGGCAGUUUUGCUGCUGCAAUUAUGGGAAUGAUGCUGUGUUGGAAUCCUAUGAUGUUUACUGGAGCUAUAGAGAAGGGUGAUAUGGCUCGGUUGCCAUUAAGGCAAAAGAUGAGAUUGCAAGCUGUUGUCCUCAUUUUGCGCAUAAAGAUUAUGGAAAGCAUGUUUAAUAUGCUUAUAAUGGAUGGGAGAGCAUUAGCUAAAUUAUGUGAUUUGCUAAGGACUCAUGGUAAUUUGAAAGAUAGUAGGAAUGCAACCAUCGAUGAGAUGGUGAUUUCUUUUCUUCAUAUAGUUGCACAUAAUAUAAAGAAUAGAGUACUUAAACGUCAAACAACUAGAUCUGGUGAGACUAUUAGUAGACAAUUUCAUGCUGUUUUAAACUCUAUUUUGAGACUACACAACAUGCUUCUUAGAAAACCAGAACCGAUACAAGAUAAUUCAGUAGAUGAAAGGUGGAAGUGGUUUAAGGGUUGCUUGGGUGCAUUAGAUGGAACCUUUAUAAAAGUCAAUGUUGAAACAAUUGACAAACCUAGGUAUCGAACCAGAAAAGGUUGGGAAGGAUCUGCGACGGAUAGUAGAAUUUUGAGGGAUGCUAUUAGUAGAAUGAAUGGUUUAAAGGUUCCUCAAGGAAAUUACUACUUGUGUGAUGCUGGAUAUACAAAUGGGGAUGGAUUUUUGGCACCGUCUGAAAUGCCUAUUGAUCCUAUAGAGAUUGAAGUUGGUCAAAAUGAGUGCAAUACUUUUCAAUCUGAAGAAGAUGAUGAAGACUUGAUAAAACAUUGUGAAACUAGUCGUGCUUGGACUGAAUGGAGAGACAAGCUUGCACAUGAGAUGUUUACUACUUGGCAGGCUGAACAACAUUGA